UGAUGCUACAAAGAAAACAAACAGUCGAAUCGAUCAAAGAACAGCUGAUUGUCAAAUACCCAGCGUUACCCGGCGUCGGCCGGCAUCACCAGCAUCACCUGACGCCACGCGUGUAAAGGUUAUAUUUAAACAGUUGAUCAAGAUGUCCGCCGGUGGCACAGAAGAUGUGAUUAUGUUAGACGAUGACGAAUAUCAAGUCACAGAGGAUGACGAAAUAGCUGCCAUCGACUACGAAUUACAGCAAAUCGAGGGUGAACUGCAGAAACUCGAAGAUCGCAAGAGGAUAUUGACCCAACGCAAGGAGAAAUUACGUGACAAUGCUCUCCUGAAGAAGAGUUUUUCCCUGUCCAAGAAGAACUGGAACAACGAAGACUUUGAAUGGUCCGCCAAGUUGAAGAAAACCUUGAAGGAUACUUUCAAGAUAGAAAAGUUGCGGGACCUGCAACUGCCAACUAUGAAUGCCAUUAUGUCCAAGGAAGACGUUAUACUAAUUAUGCCCACAGGAGGUGGCAAAAGUUUAUGUUACCAGUUGCCAGCUGUGAUCAGCAAGGGUAUGACGAUAGUGGUGUCGCCAUUGGUGUCUUUAAUGGAGGACCAGCUGCAUGGGCUACGCAGGAUCAACGUCAAAGCUACUAUGUUAUGUGCCAAGGCAGACAAAGAGAGCGUCAAGGCCACCAUGAAUGCCUUAGUGGAUAAAAAUGCCGAUCUCAAGCUGAUUUACGUGACACCUGAAUACAUGGCCAAGUCCAAUCGUUUCAUGAGCAAACUGCAGAAGGCCUACGAGUUACAGAAUCUGGCGCGCUUUGCCAUAGACGAGGUGCACUGUUGCAGUCAAUGGGGCCACGAUUUCCGGCCGGACUACAAGUUCCUGGGAGUGCUAAAGUCCAUGUUUCCUGGCAUCCCAAUUCUGGGCCUCACUGCUACAGCCCCAGCUAAGAUUAUUGUGGACGUACAGAAGAUGCUGGACAUCAGCGGCUGCCUGGUGCUGCGUGCUUCAUUCAACAGGCCGAAUUUGUUUUACGAAGUGCGCCGCAAACCGUCGGACAAGGAGACGUGCUUGGCAAUGAUCGAGAACCUGUUGAAGAACAGAUUCACCGGCAAGUCGGGUAUAAUCUAUACCACCACGAUCAAAGACGCUGAGCAACUGACCACGGACUUAAGGGGGAAGGGUAUCAAAGUCGGUUGCUACCAUGCGAUGCUCGAGGCUGAGUACAGGUCGGAGGUUUAUUCCAAGUGGAUAUCGGGCAAGUAUCAAGCUGUGGUGGCGACCAUCGCAUUCGGAUUGGGCAUCGACAAGCCGGACGUGCGGUUCGUGAUCCACCAUUGCGUCUCGAAGUCGAUGGAGAACUUCUACCAAGAAAGCGGCCGAGCUGGCAGGGACGGCAAGAAAUCGGUGUGCAUCGUACUUUACAGACUAGCGGACGUGUUCAAGCUCAGCACGAUGGUAUUCCAGGAUAAGGUCGGCCUGCAGAACCUGUACAAGGUGUUGACGUACUGCCUGGACCAGACGUCCUGCAGACGCAGUUUGAUCGCGACGCAUUUCGAGGAGACUUGGAACAAGAGCGAUUGCGUCGAGAUGUGCGAUCAUUGCAGGAAGCCGGCCGUCGCCAAGGCCACCGACAUCGCGCAGUAUUGCAGACAGUUGUACCAGAUCAUGACUAAAGCGGUGCAAAACGAAACGCGCUUGACCGCCCUCAAGCUCGUGGACGCUUGGUACGGCAAAGGCGCCACGACUUUGCGGGUCGCCAACGUACCUGUGCCGAAGUUCACGAGGGAAAGCGGAGAGGCUAUCGUGGGGCAUCUGUUGACGAACGGUUAUCUGCAGGAGGACUUUCACUUCUCAGCGUAUUCCACGAUAUCGUAUCUUAAACGUGGACCUAAGUCGGGGCUGGUCGGCAGCAACGACCACAAGAUACUCUUCGAUUACGACUUACAUUACUAAUCCUUUAGACGAUCGACUGUGAUAAUUGGCCGACU